GAAGUCACCUCUCCCGGGACCACGAAGCGCACCCGCGGAGACGAUGUGCCCGUGUUGAGUGUGUGACGCCCCUUGUUUACUUGGUGUCCAAGUUUUUUUUUUCUUCUUUCGGUUAAGAUAAAAAGGGGCCGAAAAAAAUUAGAUCGCGAUCACGGAAGAUGCGAAUCUUGUUGAUUGCCACAAUAGUGGCAGUGCUCUCCACACACCAUGCGCAAGCAUCGAGUGAGAAGAGCAAAAGAGCGAUAGCGAGCAAUGGAGGUUAUAUUUAUGAGCCACCGCAUGAGAAAUUGCCUUUACCACCGCGAACAACAUUGAAAACAACGAUACCACCGGUAACUCUACCGACAAAAACUACAAGAUAUACUUAUCAAACACAUGAUGGGAGAGUUACAUAUCCACCAGCAUCAAGACCUGACCAACAUACAACAUUUACUUAUUCUACUCCCGCAAUACAUACAUCAACUUAUACAUAUCCAACUCAAACAAGGACAACUUUAUCACCACCAACAAUUCAAACAAAGCCACCAAUAGAGGUUUCAACAGGAUAUAAUUAUCCAAGACCUACUAAUGAAUUUACGCUGCCAUCUCAAACUCAAUCGUCUUAUGACAGACCAAGUGGGCCACUUACAACACCAAGAACACCGACGCCAUCACCAUUUUUCCCAUCAGAAAAACCAAGACCAACAGUUCCAUCAUAUAAACCAAAUGAUUAUGACAUUUAUCCACAAACAUUUCCGCCAGGACCGAAAGUAACACCGCCAUCCAAAACGCCAACUUAUGAUUAUUCACAACCACCUCCAACACUUUUCCCACCAUCGCAAACCAAAAUACCAGGUUACGAUUACCCACGACCACCUCCAGGACCGUCACCUUUUCCACCGAAAACUUCAACUCCUGCACCACCUUUCCCCCCAAGACCACCCUCACCACCUAAAACACCAGGUUAUGAUUAUCCAGGACCACCAUCACCUUUCCAACCACAACAACCAUCAAAACCUACAAUUCCCGCGCCAUCUUUCCCACCAAGACCUCCCUCUCCACCUAAAACACCAGGUUAUGAUUAUCCAGGACCACCAUCACCUUUUCAACCACAACAACCACCAAAACCUCCAACUCUCGCACCACCUUUCCCACCAAGACCUCCCUCACCACCUAAAACACCAGGUUAUGAUUAUCCAGGACCACCAUCACCUUUUCAACCACAACAACCACCAAAACCUCCAACUCUCGCACCACCUUUCCCGCCAAGACCACCCUCACCACCCAAAACGCCAGGUUAUGAUUAUCCAAGACCACCUUUUCAACCGCAACAACCAUCAAAACCUCCAACUCCUGCACCACCUUUCCCUCCAAGACCUCCCUCACCACCCAAAACGCCAGGUUAUGAUUAUCCAGGAUCACCAUCACCUUUUCAACCACAACAACCACCAAAACCUCCAACUCUAGCACCAUCUUUUCCACCAAGGCCUCCUUCACCACCUAAAACACCAGGUUAUGAUUAUCCAGGACCACCAUCACCUUUUCAACCACAACAACCACCAAAACCUCCAACUCUAGCACCAUCUUUUCCACCAAAGCCUCCUUCACCACCUAAAACACCAGGUUAUGAUUAUCCAAGACCAUCAUCACCUUUUCCACCACCACAGCCGCCGAAAACUUCAACUCCUACACCACCUCCUUUCCCUCCAAGACCUUCCUCACCACCCAAAACACCAGGUUAUGAUUAUCCAGGACCACCAUCACCUUUUCCACCACCACAGCCGCCGAAAACUUCAACUCCAGCACCACCUUUCUCUCCAAGACCUCCUUCACCACCUAAAACACCAGGUUAUGAUUAUCCAGGGCCACCAUCACCUUAUCAACCACCACAACCACCAAAACCUCCAAUUCCCGCACCACCUUUCCCACCAAGGCCUCCCUUACCACCCAAAACACCUGAUUAUGAUUAUCCAGGACCACCAUCACCUUAUCAACCACCACAACCACCACCAAAACCUCCAACUCCCGCACCACCUUUCCCCCCAAGACCUACCACACCUCCCAAAACACCAGGUUAUGAUUAUCCAGGACCACCAACACCAAGACCAUUACCGCCACAGCCACCUGGUUAUAAUUAUCCAUCUCCUCCGCGAACUCCAGCACCACCUCCCCCUUAUCCACCACAAACAUUGCAGCCACAACCAUCUACACCAUAUAUACCUCCUUUUCCUUCUCCACGACCACCAAGUUUUCCACCUGAUACAGCGCCGGGAACACCACCAUUCCAGUAUAUUCCGCCAAAACCUUUACCACCUUCUACAUCACCAAAAACUCCAUCUCCAUAUCCAUCAAAAUCUCCACCUCUUCCACCUAGACCACCACAGCCACCUUCACCACCUGGAUACUUACCGCCAGCACCACCUGGACCUCCACCAAUAACACGACCGCCCUCACCUUAUGUACCACCUACAAGUCGUCCACCACAACCACCCUCACCUUAUAUACCUCCUUCACCACCAACGAGUCGUCCACCACAACCACCCUCACCUUAUAUACCUCCUUCACCACCAACGAGUCGUCCACCACAACCACCCACACCUUAUAUACCUCCUUCACCACCGACAACAAGUCGUCCACCACCACCACCUACACCUUAUAUACCUCCUUCACCUCCUACGAUUCGUCCACCACAACCACCUACACCUUAUCUACCUCCUUCACCACCAACGAGUCGUCCACCACCACCACCAACACCUUAUGUACCUCCUUCACCACCAACGAGUCGUUCACCACCACCCACACCUUACGUACCUCCUUCACCACCAACGAGUCGUCCACCACCACCACCCACACCUUAUAUACCCCCUUCACCACCAACGAAUCGUCCACCACCCACACCUUAUCUACCUCCGUCGCCACCAACAAGUCGUCCACCGCCAUCACCUACACCUUAUGUACCACCAUUACCACCCACAAGUCGUCCACCACAACCACCCUCACCUUAUGUACCUCCUUCACCACCAACGAGUCGUCCACCACCAACACCUUAUAUACCUCCUUCACCACCAACCAGUCGUCCACCACCACCACCAACACCUUAUAUACCUCCUUCACCACCAACGAGUCGUCCACCACCACCACCUACACCUUAUCUACCUCCUUCACCACCAACGAGUCGUCCACCACCACCAACACCUUAUGUACCUCCUUCACUACCAACGAGUCGUCCACCACAACCACCCUCACCUUAUGUACCUCCUUCACCACCAACAAGUCGUCCACCACCACCACCAACACCUUAUGUACCUCCUUCACCACCAACAAGUCGUCCACCACCACCACCCACACCUUAUCUACCUCCUUCACCACCAACAAGUCGUCCACCAUCUCCGCAACCUCCGAUAACGCGGCCACCCCCAACUGGACCAACAUAUUUACCUCCUUCACCACCUGUAACACGUCCACCUUCACCCCCAUCUCCACCUGUUACACGUCCACCUUCACCUCCAUCUCCACCUGUUACUCGUCCACCUUCACCCCCAUCUCCACCUGUUACACGUCCACCUUCACCUCCAUCUCCACCUGUUACACGUCCGCCUUCAACACCAAAUCUACCUCCCAACAUAAAUACAAAGCCAUCUACCCAAGGCAACACGUAUUUGCCUCCUCAUAGUACUCAAAGAACUUCUACUCCGAGAAUUCCAACAACCACUCCAAUUUCACCUACGUAUACAUAUCCUAGCUCUACAUAUCCAGACGGAAAUUUAUAUCCCAGUACGCGACCUCCGCCAUACCUUCCACCUUCUACUCCAUCCACACCUCGCGUCACGGUGACACCACCGCCUCCACCCGAACCAAUUUACACCUCUGUGCCAACAUCGACGAUCUAUACUUCACCGCCAACUGGCAAACCCGCUUCAUCACCUACUGUACCACCAACCACGAAGAGGCCCAUUGGCUAUUUCUAUGCCGUACCGGAGAAUCCGUUCGAGUUGCCGCCGUUCGAUGACGAGAGGCGAUUUAGUUGAACUGACAAUUUCAUACUACUAUAUUUUUUUUUUUAAUUUUUAUAUGUAUAGUAUACAAAGCUAUUUAUGGAUCCGCAUAGGAGACGAUACUGAAACUGUAAUCGACAAUGGAAAAGAAUCGAAAACGAUAGAGUGGACUGGAUUCUCAGUUGCUCGUAUCAUAUAUGCGUGUAAUCGUAACGUAAGAUAGUAACAAUUCGAUCCAACUUGCGAGAAUACAAUUUUCCAUUGAUCGACUAUUGAAAAUUAUUGAUGAUGACCUCUCGUCACGUUUGUAAAUUUUGUACAUCUAACACACGCAUAAAAUAGAAGAAAUAAAAAUUUGUAUAAAGAGUAGAA